ACAGUCCGUCCCUGUAAGUCUUCCGUCUCAAGAUGGCGGAGUAUGCUAAACUAGUCCGAAGGGCUUUGGGACAGAUAGGAGGUCACGGUGGAGUCCGUGGUUUUCUGCUGCAGUUAUUCCGAGUGAAUGAAUUGAAGGUUGGAACUCUGGUUGGUGUCGAUAAAUAUGGAAACAAAUACUAUGAGGACAACAAGAACUACUUCUUUGGGCGUCACCGCUGGGUGAAUUACACCACUGAGAUGAACGGGAAGAAGACGCUGUGGGAGGUGGACGCCAGCAUGGUUCCCGCUGAAUGGCACCGCUGGCUGCACUGUAUCGCAGACGAGCCGCCCACCACGCACCCGCCGGAGCCCAAGAAGUUCCUGGCCGAGGUUCAUCAGUUCAACACGAGUGGCAGCGCGCAGCAGUACGUGCCCUACCCCACCACCAGCAAGAAGAUCCACGAGUGGGUUCCACCCAAGGCUGGAGCUCCGUGAGCUCCCACACUGCACACACGUCACUGUCCACUGUAAAUUAUACUUUCCUGUCCAGAAUAAAACCCUCUACACAGAGAUUUAUCAUGUUA